AUGUGGAGUUGGAAAGCGAAGGGGCUGGAUGACAUUCCGCCGCGUUUUCCUUCCCUGCGAUCUCUGCCGGUUUCCUCUCGCUCUCUCUUUUUCUCUCUCUGCGUUCUCUCGAUUCUCCGAUCUCUAUCCGAUCUGUUCUUUUUGGUCCCCACGAAUUUUAAUAUGAAAUCGCCUGGACCACCAUGUGUUUUCUCUCUCUCUGAACUUUUCAAGAGGUCUCUCGAAUUCCUCCCUGCUUUGCUCUCUCUCUCUUUUUCUCUCUGCCGUUCUCUCGCGUUCUCCGAUCCUAUCCGAUCUGUUCUUUUUAGGCACCGCCCACGAAUUUUAAUAUGGAAAUCGCCUGGACCACCAUGUGUUUUCUGCCGGAUCUCCGAAGCUCCGCGGGAACCCAGGAGAGAACAGUCUAUCUUACGUAAUUAUCUAUUUAUAUUUUCUGUCAGACGGCUGCAUUGUGGAGUGACACACCCCAGGACCAACCAACACCACCACCAGCGCCGAGUCCGCGCAGGGGCCCUUCUACGCGGCCUGCCAAAUGGUACACUCAGGCCUUCCUUCCAUUCCCAAAUUCCUUUCUAUUCGCCUCCCACCUCCGGACCACGGAGAGGCGGUGGCCAGCAACGGGGGUUCCUAAUCUCUUCGAGGUCCCAUUUCUCGUCUGGGGGCCCCACUGGCCGGGAUGGGCGUAUUUACACGUCUAGCACAAUAGCCCAUACCAUCUCCUGUUCUGACAAGACAUAUAUGACUUGUUUCUUUUGGAUCGAGAGUAUCCAUUCCUGCAGCUCCGUUGGGUGGCCCCUAAACGAGGGCAGUCUCGUGCCUCCGAUCAGUCUGCGGAACCUCAUCGUAAAUUUCGGGGACUACCAUUUUUCCCUGCUUCUUCCCAAUCCUUUAGAACAGUUGAUUAAUAAACCCACCUGGUGGGAUCUCUCUCUCUCUCUCUCUCUCUCUCUCUCUCUCUCUCUGUUACAUAUUGUUAAACCCAACUUAACUGGUACCCAACUCCACGUCUAG